AUGUCUUCACCAAAGGUGGUUCGUUGGGGCAUCUUGGCAACUGGCGGAAUAGCACGGACGUUCACCAAGGAUAUGCUCAUAUCCCCCAAGACACGUAAUGUUCUCGAUAUCCAGCACUCCGUCGCCGCCGUCGCCUCGUCUUCAUCCUUGUCCUCCGCCGAGAAGUUCAUCUCCGAGGUCGUUUCCCCCGCCCAGUCCUCCACAGCAACCCCCUACGCAUCCUAUGAAGAAUUGGUUCAAGAUCCUAACGUGGACAUCAUCUACAUUGCCACCCCGCACUCACAUCACUAUCAGAAUGCAAUGCUGUGUCUGGAACACAACAAGCCCGUCUUGUGCGAGAAGGCCUUGACCGUCAAUGCCGCGCAGGCCAAGAUUCUUUUCGAGACCGCGAAGAAGAAGAACAUCUUCUUCAUGGAAGCGGUGUGGACGCGCUAUUUCCCCCUGAGCCAGGCAGUGCGGAAACACAUCACCGACGGCGACAUCGGCGAGGUCCUGCGCGUCGGCGCAGAUAUGAGCAUCGGAGCGGACCAGGACUUCGAUCUCAGCAGCAGGAUGAUCAACCUUGACCUCGCAGGCGGCGCUUUACUCGACCUGGGUAUUUACUCUCUGACCUGGGUGUUUCAGACCUUGUACCACACUCUUCCCGCCGGCUUGCGCAGCCAGUCGAGACCCAAGGUGAUCGGAACUGCAAUGACGCCUGAGCCGCGCACCGGUGCCGACGAGUCGACGUUGAUUCUGCUGGAAUUCCCCAAGUCGUCACCCACAGGCAAGACCAAGUCUCACGCUGUUGCGACCACUGCCCUUCGGGUCAGCGAUGACCCCGCCCGCAGUCAGUCAAGAGAAGUGGGUGAUGUCGAGGUCCCUGCGGCGAGGAUCCAAGGCGAAAAGGGCGAGAUCCAGGUGUUUGGUCCAUUGUACAGACCUACGAGGUAUAGGGUAGUCAAGAAAUCGCCCCAGCCGGAGGUCAUUGACCGGAAAUUUGAAUUCGAGGGUGGCGCGCACGGCAUGAUGUAUGAAGCAGAUGCUGCCGCCCGAGCCCUUCUCUCUGGCGCGCUGGAAUCUGAGACCAUGACGUGGGCCGAAAGUACGCUCAUCAUGGAGGUGAUGGACGAGGCACGGAAACAGGGUGGACUGGUCUACCCUGACGGUAUCGAGAGCACGGAAUACCCUGUCAAAUUAACCGAGAAGCGGUAG